AUGGAGACACAGUCACUGCGAGUUUCGUCGCCGGUGCCGACGCUGGCAUUUGAGAAGCAGAAAGAGAUCUCCUUGAAGAUUAUGUUCAAGCCCCUUCAGAAGAAACAGCAAGAAAUGAACGCUUCAUCAUCAUCAGCCGAGAUUCGUUGUAGCGAAUGUAGCAUGUCGUUUUCAUCUACAAAAGCCCUGUUUGGACAUUUAAGAAUUCAUCGGAAAAGCACAGAUGUAGCCCGAAAAGCCUCUCUUUUACCUUUGAGAAAAGCUAAGCUCUCCGAAGAGUUCAUAGCAGCCUGCAUUCUCAUGGGAAUGAAAAGGUCAAAAUUGGAAGCAGACAUCGAUGACGCAAAGCGGAUCAAACUGAGGUGGGUUUGCGCAAAGCUAAAUAAGCAGAGGAAGAACGUGAAGGAGGUUACGUCAAAUCAAUCUAUGAAACAUUAUCAGAGAAAAAUCUGUAAGAAGGUGGCGCCUUCACUACUGGCUUUAGCAGAGCAGAGCGUCGGACAGUGGAAUAGAGAAAAUAACAAUGACGAAAUGAGUGCCGGUGUGGUUGGCUCGGCGGAGAUGGAGAUUCAUCAAUGUGAUAAGUGCGAUAAGGUUUUCAAUUCUGGACAGGCUUUGGGUGGACAUAAACGUGCGCAUUAUAGAGGACCUCCGCUCUGCCGUCCGGGGAGCAAUGCGAGGUCGCAGGCGACACUGGCUGCGGUGGCGACGGCGGAAGUGGUUUUUCACGAUUUUGACCUUAACGAGCCGAUGGAAGAAGUGUUUAGGGUUUAG